AUGGGCAGUCUCAGGACCAACAUCUCUGGCUCCCCUAUCUUUAUCCUAACAGGAUUCCCUGGACUGGAAGCAAUGGAGCCCUGGCUGGCCAUCCCACUCCUUCUGCUCUAUGCCAUCUCCAUUGUGGGAAAUGCCUUGAUCCUAGUCAUUGUCAAGGAAGAACAGAGCCUGCACCAACCUAUGUACUACUUUCUAUCUUUGCUGUCGGUUAAUGACCUAGGUGUUUCACUGUCCACACUGCCCACUGUCCUUGCUGCCCUCUGCUUCCAUGCUCGUGAGGUUACAUUUGGCGGAUGCCUGGCCCAGAUGUUCUUUAUCCACCUCUUCUCCUGGACAGAAUCUGGAAUACUAUUGGCCAUGAGCCUAGACCGUUAUGUAGCCAUCUGUAAUCCACUUCGCUAUGCCACAAUCCUCACCAAUGCCCGCAUUGCAGCCAUGGGGCUGGCCACACUGUUCCGCAGCUUCCUGCUCAUCCUGGUCUUCCCCCUGCUCCUUCAGCGGCUGCCCUUCUGCCACACAAGAAAUGUCCUCUCUCAUGCCUACUGCCUACAUGUGGACAUGAUCAAGCUGGCAUGUGCUGAUGUCACCCUCAAUAGCCACUAUGGUCUAUCCAUUGUACUCCUCACCUUUGGCCUGGACUCGGCACUCAUCUUCCUCUCCUACAUCAUGAUCCUCCGCUCUGUCCUGGCCAUUGCUUCCCAUGAGGAGAGACUCAAGACACUCAACACCUGUGUGUCACACAUCUGUGCUGUGCUCAUCUUCUAUGUGCCCAUGGUGAGUGUGUCAAUUGUGCAUCGCUUUGGUGGCAGCCUUCCCCAUGUGGUCCAUAUCCUCAUGUCUAUCCUCUACCUCUUUGUGCCACCAAUGCUCAACCCCAUUAUCUACUCCAUCAAGACAAAGGAAAUACGCCACAGACUACUAAAGAUGCUUUUCAGGGUAAAGUUCUAA